UGCCCCCUCUCCCCAAGCCUGUCGCUUGUCGGACCUGGGCGCGCUCUGCGUGUCGCGCGGGCACGGGAGCAGGCCGAGACCAGCGGGCGGGCCAAAGAGGGAGCAUGGCGUUCUUGGCGGUGCGCUUGGUGCUGUUGCUCCUGGCCGGGAACUUGGCAGCCUCUUUGGACUCCUCGAGCUCUGAGUUCAUCCAGACUUCAGAAUACAGAACACCAAACUGCAAUCAAUAUAAAUUACCAGGAUGUCCCAGAGACUUUAACCCCGUGUGUGGAAGUGACAUGUCCACUUAUCCUAACGAGUGUACUCUGUGCAUGAAAAUCCGGGAAGAUGGUCAUGACAUUAAAAUAAUCCGGAGUGGACCGUGUUGAUGGAGCAGUUUAUAGAAGAGAACUUGGAGAAACCACCUUCAACAGUAUGCUAGAUGAAUUCCAUUUCCCCUUUUUCUCUUUCCUAUGUUCUUUUGCAUGGGAUUUGUUAGCCCACAUUUUCUGAGAGGAGGUGUGAAAGAGAGCUAUGUGGAGCAAUUGAUAAUUAAAACAAACACACAAAAAAAUCCUUGUUUCUCAGCUUUUGCCUCUUGAGUUAAGCUUAUUGCCCAGGUGACUUGUGCAUUGCUUUAUUUCCCUGGAAUAAAAUCAGCAUUGUAUUCAAGUA